AUGAAGAAGGAAAUGUUCAUUAGUGCACAUCAGCAGAAUUUGUACACUGAUCGCAAGCUCGUUCAGACAGAUGUUGGUUCAAGUAUACCUACAGGAUAUGCUGUUGUGGACGUACAAAAGAGCGAGACACCGCCAGAAUUUAUACACAUGGCUGACACAUCGUCAACACUAAGGUGGAACUAUUAUUCAGUACCCAUUCUUUUGGCAGGGGGACCAUCUAGUGCCUUCCAAAGUGGGGAUGCACAUACAGAGGUUAUCAAUAAAAGCACACAGUCUGGAUGUAUUCACAUCAUUCCAAGGGAUGUCAAACAGGACCUGCAUCAGAAAAUUAAGAGGGCCAAGAAUGGAUUGGGUUUAGAUGAUGUAAGCAUUAGCAACACAUCACAAGGGCCAGCGUUGACGCUUACGAUUUCUCCAAAGACGCAAGAUAUUCGACAUAAUAUUAGUGUAGAUAUUACAGCCUCGCUAAAAUGUGCAUCAAAGCUGAAGCUUGAAGAUUUCGGAUGGCCUAGACUACAAACGAAAAAAGCUUUCGAUAAAGAAGUUAUCGAUGCUGCCAUUGAAAGCGGCAUUCAUCUUGUGCCGAAGAAGGACUUGUUUUGGUCCAUCUCUUUUUCUCGAGCUGAGAGGGCACUACUGUCAAGCAUCGACAGAGGGUUUGGAUGCAGAAAGCGUGUGCUCAAGCUGCUGAAGAAGUUUGUAGAGAAAUGCAAAUCUGGUUCAACAAGCAAACUGCCUGGAAUUAGUUCACACAUUCUGAAGACCCAGAUACUUUGGUCAUGUGAAUUGCACGCAGACGAAACAUUUGACUACUGGAACUUCGAAAACAGAGAUAACUGUCUGAUCAAAACAAUGGAGGAACUGGAGAACUCUUUGAGACGAAGGAAUCUUCCGGAAUAUUUCAAUGCUUCCCUAAAUGUGCUUGAAAAGAAGGAACCUGCGGUACUUUGCGAACUGGCAAACUAUUUGAAUAGUGAGAUGACGAAGUUGAAACUUAUGAUUUGAGAUAACGAUCUGAACAGUUUAAACUGACAUAAACAAUUGAUUCAAGGAGCUGGUAAUGAUUUUUAUGCCCCCACUUUGGGCGGGGGUGCAUAUAGAUUUGCUCUUGUCCGUCCGUCCUUCCGUCCGUCCGUCUGUCCGUCCGUCCUUCCGAAAAUGUUGUGUCGCGCGUAGCUCUGAAAGUAUUUGACGUAGAGUCACAAAACUUUACAGGAAUGUUGGUCAGCAUGUGUAGUUGUGCACCUCGGGUUUCGCGUCCGGAUUCAUUCAGUCGUGUAGAAGUUAUGGCCCCUGGCUUUGUAAAAAUUGGUCAUUUUAAUGUUGUGUCGUGCCUAGCUCCAAAAGUAUAUGACCUAGAGUCACAAAACUUUACAGGCAUGUUGGUCAGCAUGUGUAGUUGUGCACCUGGGGUUUCGCGUCCGGAUUCAUCCAGACAUGUAGAGUUAUGGCCGCUGACUUAGUAAAAAAUUGGUCAUUUGUAUGUUGUGUCGCGCAUAGCUCCAAAAGUAUUUGACCUAGAAUCACCAAAGUUUACAGGAAUGUUGGUCAGCAUGUGUAGUUGUGCACCUGGGGUUUCGCGUCCGGAUUCAUUCAGUCAUGUAGAAGUUAUGGCCCCUGACUUUGUAAAAAUUGGUCAUUUUAAUGUUGUGUCGUGCCUAGCUCCAAAAGUAUAUGACCUAGAGUCACAAAACUUUACAGGCAUGUUGGUCAGCAUGUGUAGUUGUGCACCUGGGGUUUCGCGUCCGGAUUCAUCCAGUCAUGUAGGAGUUAUGGCCCAUGACUUUGUAAAAAUUGGUCAUUUUAAUGUUGUGUCGCGCAUAGCCCCAAAAGUAUUUGACCUAGAAUCUCCAAAGUUUACAGGAAUGUUGGUCAGCAUGUGUAGUUGUGCACCUGGGGUUUCGCAUCCGGAUUCAUUCAGUAUUGUAGGAGUUCUGGCCCCUGACUAAUGUCAUGUAGUGGGGGCAUCUGUGUCCCAUGGACACAUUUCUAGUUAUACUUUAUUCACUUAUGUGUUCAGUCAUCUUUAUGUAACUUUAUAUUUUUGUCAUUUACUGUAAGCAGCGCGCAUAUUAAGAUCUUUUUUAUGCCCCCACACAUUUAUGGGGUGGGGGCAUAUAGCGUUGCAGCUGUCCGUACGUCCCGAAAUCUUGUGUGUCCAACUCCUCUCUCACUAUUAGCCUGAUUUCCUUCAAACUUUCUAAGAUGAACAAGCUUGAUGUGCAAAUGACCACAAAAGAAGGAUUUUUUUCUGUGAUUAUUAACCGCAGUUAUAGCCCUUUGAUAGUUUUGCUAUACAAAAGAUAGAGAAAAGGCUUGUGUGUCCAACUCGUCAAACACUAUUGAAAGGAUAUUCUUGACAGUUUCACAGAUGAAGGACCUUCAUGCGAAGAUGACCAUAAAUAAUGGACUUUUUUCUGUGGGUAUUUUUUCUAGAAUUCUUUCUUAAUAAAAACUUUGCUAUUUAGAGGAUGGCGCAGUAUGUGGGGACAUCCGUGUCCUAUUGACACAUACGUAGUUUUUCUCAUAAUUUACGAAUCUCUUCUCCUGUUUAUGACUCGGCUAUGUACCGGUUGCUUGCCAGUAAAAAAUUAGUUGUUUAUAGCUUUAGGUAUGUAUAUGUCAGACAAUUAGCUGAUUAUAGCAUGUAUACAUGUACGUCAAACAAUUGCUUGAUUUAUAGCUCAGGCAUGUAAAUGUCAAACGAUUGCACGAUAUUAAAUUUAGACAUGUAAAUUGCAAACAAUUAUUCUUGCAGAAAAACUACUUUUUUGCUGGAUCCGCCCAUGUAUUAACGGGAGAAAAAUCGUGUGCAAACAAGGCAACUCACGUGCUGUUAAUACACGAUUUUUAGCUCGACUGUUCGAAGAAAAUGUAGAGCUAUUGCACUCGCCCCGGCGCCGGCGUCGCCUUUGGUUAAAGUUAAAAUUUUUGAUAAAGUCAAAUAUCUCUGUUACUGUUAAAGCCUUUGACUUAAAACUCAAAAUAGUUAUUUACUAUCAAAAUCUACACCAGGAGUCACAAUUCCCAUAACUCUGGUUUGAAUUUUGAAAGAAUUAUGCUCCUUUUUAACCUAGAAUUUUUAGUUAAAGUUUUUGAUAAAGUCAAAUAUCUCCUGUUACUAUCACAGCUUUUGACUUGAAACUAAAAAUACUUAUUUACUAUCAAAGUCUACACCAGGAGAAUCAAUCCUCAUGAGUCAUAACUCUGAUUGAAUUGUGACAGAAUUAUGCCCCUUUUUAACUUUUUUUGUUAAAAUUUUUGAUAAAGUCAAAUAUCUCUGUUACUAUUUAAUCUUUUGACUUGAAACUCAUAAUUAUUUCCUAUCAAAGUCUACACCAGGAGACACAAUUUUCAUAACUAUAAUUUGAAUUUUAACAGGUUUUUGUCCCUUUUUAACUUGUAAUUUUUUUUACUGGCAAAGCUCUAAUUCAGAGUCAAGCACUGAGAAAAGUCGAGCGCGCUGUCUUACGGACAGCUCUUGUUAUUUUUGAAAUGCUUUGCCAGGGACGUAUGUAUGUAUUUUUGCGCAGACUGAUAUUUGGCAUCUAUGUCUUGUCGGAAUAUUUUUACCUGAUUUUUCGCAGAAUUCAUAUAAUAAACAUUGAAAGCUAGUCACUACAUUCAUACUCAUCCGUACUCUAAAUGUGUUCGUACUCAAAAUAAUUCGAUUGUAAAGUUAUUAUUCUAAUAAUUGUGUUCCUGUUUGUCAAAGUUUUAAGUAAUAUAGAAAAUUAUGGGUAAUGUCAUGUUUGUAAUAACGGGAAAUAAAAAUAAGAUGCUCAAAAACCUUCAAAUCGUGCUUUUGGUAAAGUUGGUGAUAUGUGGGCCCCAGUUAUGGAUAUUUAAAACAUGUUUACUGUUUCCAAGAUCAACAGAAUGGUAAGAACAGAAUGGUAAAUAAAAAAUGUACCGGAAUCAUUAGGUCAUCACAUAUGAAAACAAUAAAUUCAGUCAUCGUGUCGUGUUUUUUAUGCAAGAAUAGCGACAAUACACGUUUGUUUUGUGUAUUAAUGUCUGCAGAAGUCCUUGGGAUAUGUUUGCGACCUCGACUUUCCAAGGGCUUCUGCAGGCGAGGUCACAAACAUAUCCCAAGGGCUUCUGCAGACGUUAAUACACAAAAAACUUGUAUUAUCCCUACAGUUGAUUAUAGCUUUAUGCAAGCAGUGAGUUCAACAGGAAGGCUGAUAUCGCGUUGUUUCCGGCGUCUGUCUGAAACUUUUAGCUUCUUUUUCACUGCUGUUCACAUUUUCGAAGAAUCUUUGCUUGAACCUCUUAAGUUUGUUUAAAUAGAUAUAAUAUGGUCAUUUGCCGAAACAAGUGGCUCAUACGUUUUUUAGCUGACUAUUCAAAGAAUAGGUACAACUAUUGGACUCACUCAUGCGUCGGAGCCGGCGUCACGAUUUGGUUAAGUUUUUGUAUGUAAGCUGGUAUUUCAGUAACCACUAAUGGGAAUGGACUGAAACUUCACACAUGAAUUCACUGUGAUAAACUGGCUUAUACUGCUGGUUCAAUAACUGUAUUUAGCUUUUUUGCCAAAGUAUGCCCCUUUUUAACUUGGAUUUUUUUACUGGCAAAGCUCUAAUUCAGUCAAGCACUGAGAAGGCUUACGGACAACUCUUGUUAUUUUUGAAAUGCUUUGCCAGGGACGUAUGUAUGUAUUUCUGCGCAGACUGAUAUUUGGCAUCUACGUCUUGUCGGAAUAUUUUUACCUGAUUUUUCGCAGAAUUCAUAUAAUACUACUGUUUGCAGAUCAAAUUGCCCUUUCGCCUUAUCUUAAAUCGAUAGACUUGUACUUUACGUCACAAAAGCAGCGAUGCUAAAGCUAUUUUUUGAACUCGUCUAUACAGGUUACUCCGCCUUUCCGAUACGAGUAAAAAAUAUUGAAUGAACUUGUUUGCAUUGGCUGCAUGACCGAGAAAUGAUGAUUUAAAUACUGUUCGAACGGGUGUUUAACCGGAUUGUAAUAGGUGUACUAGAUCUAAUCUUCAUUUAAAAUUUAAAUGAAUCUUGCCACAAUGCACACUACAUUUAGGUAACGUGGAUGUGAAAAAGACACCCUUUUAUACAUUACAGGCCUUUUUUCUGCCUAAAUUUCAGUAACUUUUGCUGCAGACUUUUCUUUUAAAUAACGUAUCUCGUGUUUAGUUUUCACAAUAAUAUAAAACGUGACUGACUCGAGAUGUUGGAUUCGCUCAUCAUUGAUUGAAGGGCAUAAGUUCAAUUCCCGGAACCGACCAUGCCUCUUUAGUUGAAAAAAGUCGGCAAUUUCUUACGGAAUAUGUGAGUCUUAGUCUAACUAAUUUGACGCGAUCCUAGGAAACAGUUACGAGUUAUUUUCUCUACUCGAAAGAAAUUGUCAUCGCUAGAUUUGGGUUUAGUUGCUGAUUUGUUGCGAAUAUGAGAUAAAUUCAAAUAAAACUUGCAUGUAUCAAAAGGUAGUCCAAAUAAUUGUACUCAAAGAGUUGAAUAUCGUUAUUUUUUUUGACUGGUCGAUAUCCCCUUUAGGUAGACAACGUAAAAUUUGGAAAUGUAAAAUCGGUCUACCCGAGGUCUCAUUAUUUAGACUAAUCAAAAGGGGAGAUUAAAUUCAUUCCUCAUUAAUUUAUGUAAAAGUUAUCAUAUUAACACGAUUAACGUUACACGUAAUGUGUAAGCAAUAAAACCAAUGACUUUAAAUGACGAUGUGCUGUUAUUUAUCCUCGAUUAUUUUGGUCCAUUUGGAGUGACCGUCACAAAUAUAAAACAAACUAAACGUCGAAUUAUUUUGACUUAGUGAGUCUAUAAAUGGUUCAUUCCAUGAACGAAGACAAGGCUUAUCAACUGCCUGUAUGUAAAUAACUGAAUAGUGUUUAAACGACUUCAAAUAAAUAGUAGAUAAAUUCACAUACAAGUAAACCCCACCAAUAAAAUAAAAAUAAAAUAAAACUAGACCUAAAAUGGAGUUAGAUUUGCAAUAGUUAAGCUACAGAAGACUGCAAAAGUUUGAAUAUCAAAUAAAUCAGUGUUUAUGGAUCUACAAGUGUUACGUAGCAUUGAAGGUUCAACGAGAUACCUUUCUGUAAAACCUUGUAUACCUUGCAUGAUUGGAAAUUUUGUCGAUAAUAAUUGUCAUAACAAACAAAAAAGUGCUGUUUUCAUUUGAACAUAGUUGAACUAUUCUGUAUUCUACUUUUAAAACAUAUCCAUUAUCACCUUAUUGCAUUUUACAAUGUAUGGAAGUACGGCAAUACUUCAAAGACAGAGUCAGAGCGCGCGCUUUGUGUGACGUCAAGAUAAAGAAAAAAAUUUCACGACAAGGUGAAUGAAUAAUUAAUUGUGGUUGAGGCGGGGUUAACCUGUCAGAAUUACUCCAAAAAUAGCUCAAGCUUCACAGUUUCUGUGACGUAAACGUGCAACUCUAUCGAUUUGAAAGCUAGUUACUACAUUCGUACUCAUCCGUACUCUAAAUGUGUUCGUACUCAAAAUAAUUCGAUUGUAAAGUUAUUAUUCUAAUAAUUGUGUUCCUGUUUGUCAAAGUUUUAAGUAAUACGGAAAAUUAUGGGUAAUGUCAUGUUUGUAAUAACGGGAAAUAACAAGAGCUGUCCGUAAGGCAGCGCGCUCGACUUUUCUCAGUGCUUGACUCCGAAUUAGAGCUUUGCCAGUAAAAAAAAUAUCCAAGUUAAAAAGGGACAUAACUCUGUCAAAAUUCAAAUCAGAGUUAUGGGAAUUGUGUCUCCUGGUGUAGACUUUGAUAGCAAAUAACUAUUUUGAGUUUCAAGUCAAAAGCUUUAAUAGUAACAGAGAUAUUUGACUUUAUCAAAAAUUUUAACCAAAAAUUCUAAGUUAAAAAGGGGCAUAAUUUUGUCAAAAUGCAAAUCAGAGUUAUGGGAAUUGUGUCUCUUGGUGUAGACUUUGAUAGUAAAUAUCUGUUUUGAGUUUCAAGUCAAAAGCUUUAAUAGUAACAGAGAUAAUUGACUUAUCAAAAAUUUUAACAAAAAAUUCUAAGUUAAAAAGGGGCAUAAUUCUGUCAAAAUUCAAUCAGAGUUAUGGGGAUCGUUUGUCCUGGUGUAGACUUUGAUGAUAAAUAAGUAUCUAAGUUUCAAGUCAAAGGCUUUGAUAGUAACAGAGAAAUUUGACUUUAUCAAAAACUUUAACCAAAAAUUCUAAGUUAAAAAGGGGCAUAAUUCUGUCAAAAUUCAAACCAGAGUUAUGGGGAUUGUUUCUCCUGGUGUAGACUUUGAUAGUAAAUAACUAUUUUAAGUUUCAAGUCAAUAGCUUUGAUAGUAACAGAGAUAUUUGACUUUAUCAAAAACUAACCAACGGCGACGCCGACGCCGGGGCGAGUGCAGUAGUUCUACAUUUUCUUCGAAAAGUCGAGCUAAAAAUAAGAUGCUUAAAAACCUUAAAUUCGUGCUUUUGGUAAAGUUGGUGAUAUGUGGGCCCCAGUUAUGGAUAUUUAAAACAUGUUUACUGUUUCCAAGAACAACAGAAUGAUAAGAACAGAAUGGUAAAUAAAAAAUGUACCGGAAUCAUUAGGUCAUCACAUAUGAAAACAAUAAAUUCAGUCAUCGUGUCAUGUUUUUUAUGCAAGAAUAGCGACAAUAUACGUCUGUUUUGUGUAUUAAUGUCUGCAGAAGUCCUUGGGAUAUGUUUGUGACCUCGACUUUCCAAGGGCUUCUGCAGGCGAGGUCACAAACAUAUACCAAUGGCUUCUGCAGACGUUAAUACACAAAAGACGUGUAAUAUCCCUACAGUUGAUUAUAGCUUUAUGCAAGCAGUGAGUUCAACAGGAAGGCUGAUAUCGCCUUGUUUCCGGCGUCUGUCUGAAAUUUUUAGCUUCUUUUUCACUGCUGUUCACAUUUACGAAGAAUCUUUGCAUGAACCUCUUAAGUUUGUUUAAAUAGAUAUAAUAUGGUCAUUUGCCAAAACAAGUGGCUCAUACGUUUUUUAGCUGACUAUUCAAAGAAAAGGUACAUCUAUUGGACUCACCCAGUCGGCGUCACGAUUUGGUUAAAUUUUUGUAUGUAAGCUGGUAUUUCAGUAACCACUAAUGGGAAUGGACUGAAACUUCACACACGAAUUCACUGUGUUAAACUGGCUUAUACUGCAGGUUCAAUAACUGUAUUUAGCUUUUUUGCAAAAGUAUGCCCCUUUUUCGACUUUGGUUAAAGUUUGAUAUGUAACCUGGUAUCUCAAUACCCACUAAUGGGAAUGGAUUCAGACUUCACACACUUGUUGACUGUGAUGAUCUGACAUGCAGAGCACAGGUUCCAUAACUCUACUUUGCAUUUUACAAACUUAUGCCCCUUUUUCGACUUAGCAGUUUUUGGUUAAGUUUUUGUAUGUAAGCUGAUAUCUCAGUACCCACUAAUGGGAAUGGAUUGAAACUUCACACACUUGAUCACUGUGAUGAUCUGACAUGCAGUGCUCAGGUUCCAUAACUCUUCUUUGCAUUCUCACAAAAUUAUGCCCCUUUUUUGACUUAGCAGUUUUUGGGCCAGGUUUUAUAUGUAAGCUGGUAUCUCAAUACCCAUUCACGGAAAUGGAUUGAAACUUCACACACAUGGUCACUGUGACGAUCUUACAUGCUGAGCACUGGUUCCAUAACUCUACUUCGCAUUUUUACAAAAGUAUGCCCAUUUUUCGACUUAGCAAUUUUUGGUUAAGUUUUUCUAUGUAAGCUGGUAUCUCAGUACGCACUUAUGGAAAUUGAUUGAAACUUCACACAAUUGUUCAUUGACUUGCGCUGAUAUGCAUUUUAUAGGUUCCAUAACCCUGUUUUGCAAUUUUACAAAAUUAUGCCCCUUUUUCGACUUUAAAAUUCAUUCAACUGACAAGGCUGUUAAAUAGUCGAGCGUUGCUGUCCUCCGACAGCUCAUGUUUUAAAAGGGGGAAUUUGUGAACGAAUAUAUAUGUGAAACUAGAGGUUGUUAUUUGGAACUGCAGCAUUGGUGAAUCAAGCGUUCGGGCAAUGUGGCAAAUGUUUUGUGAUCUUUGAAAAAUUCUAUUUCAUCAUAAUUGGUGAACAUGGAUACGGAAGAAUCACGAGAGCCGCAUACAAAAUCUUACAUCAGGGGCCGUAUUCAUAAAGCAUCUUAAGUAUGUAUAAGUAUAAGAAAUUGAUUAUUUAUUUAAGUAUUACUUAGGUAAGAAAUUUAUUUUAAAACAUUAAUUUCAGACAGAUAAAACAUGCACAAUUAUGUUUAAAGUGCUUUUAUCUGAAAAACAACACUUUAAUCGUACUCACGACGCCAUUUUGUUUUCUGACUUAGUCAUUUCUUACGUAUCUUAAGUUUAAGCUGUUUUAUGAAUAGGACUUAAGUUUUUUACUUAGACUUAAGCUGAAAUCACCACAAACUUAAGUAAAAUCUUCAGCUUAAGUCAAAACUUAUACUUAAGAUGCUUUAUGAAUACGGCCCCUGGUUUUGUUUGUUGUUUUGUUAUCGAAAGAAAUGAAAUCUUAUAAAUUUGCUGAAGUUAAAAUAGAACUGAGUGAAGUUUUUAUGUGCGCUAUUUAUAGAACUGUGUCAGAUUAUGCAUAUGAAAUGAAAGUAGUUCGGUAACAUAGAAUACGAAAGGUACAAUACGGAAAUUUUUCUGCCUGUUCAUAUUUAUUUGUGAAAUACAAACCGGAUCUUUGACAGCAUUUAUAUAGUUAUAUAAUAAAAUGAUAUAUUCAGUC